AUGCUUGCAGCGCCUGCGACCACGUCCCCAGGCUAUCCAGCGUCGCUGGACUUAUACGCAAGAAAAGACGAGGUCUGCGACCUCGAAGGAUGGCGCAUUGGUCUGCAGAAGGCAGCCGCCCAGAACCUGACGAGACAGCUGCAGGAGAUGCCCUCCAACCUCCUCACACCCACAGCUUUUGCGCAGAAUGUCGUCGAGGUGCUGUGCAAAUCCGGUGUCAAUGUGGAGGUCAAGGUCGAGGGCUGGGCCGAGAGCCAGUCAAUGCACGCCUUCCUGGCUGUGGGCAAGGCCUCGUGCGAGCUACCCAACUUCCUGGAGCUGAGUUACUACGGCACCUGUGCCGAGGAGCGCCCCAUUGUGCUGGUGGGCCAAGGCGUGACUUACGAUGCUGGAGGAUUGUGCCUGAAAGAGAAACGUGAGCUCUUCCAUAUGCGUGGCGACAUGACCGGGGCCGCCGUUGUGGUGGCCUGUUGUCGAGCUGUGGCUGGCCUGCGUUUACCGGUCAACAUUCGCGGCCUGAUACCUCUUUGUGAAAACGUAGUGGGCUGCAAUUCGGUCCGUACUGGGGACAUGGUCGAGUCCAUGAACGGCAAGACCAUCGAGAGACCAUGCAUCAUUGACGUCGGCACCUGCUCGGGCUACAUGCGCCAGGCCCUGGAUGAGUCGGCUGCGGGGGUCUUUACCAACUCGGAGAUCCUGUGGCAGCAGAUCAAGCACGCCAGCAUGCAUACCGGAGAUCCAAGGCCGUGCGUGCCGGGGGACGAUGUGCAGAACUAUGGCAUUGACCGAGGUGGACGUCCCUGCAAGGCCGCUGCCUUUCUCCGUGAGUUUGUGCCCCAGUGGAUGCAUAUUGAUGCUACAAAUGUUAUGGUGACAAAGGGCUUCGAAUACGAGUAUCUGCGCAAGGGAAUGGCCGGCCGCCCGACCCGAACACUGGUGGAGUUUAUUGCUCUGACGAUUUGCAAGGAUACGGCCCCACGUUUGGCCAAGUAA